AUGGCGGCAUCAGCUCUGCUAUUUGCUGGCCUGCUAACAUGCCAAGUUCUUGUGUUGCAAGGAUGGGCAUUACCUGCCACCCAGAAAUAUGAGAUUGUCUACCCACAGAUACUUCAGGCUCAAGAGAACCAGGCAUUCACAUCUGCCCCCCUGGAAGGCCAUAGACCAGGGCUGCAUCACCCCCAUCCACCUAAGGGUUUUACAUUUGGCCCCCCGCGAAAUCGGAGACCAGGGGUGCAUCCCCGCCAUCCACCUAAGCACCGACAUCCCCGUAUGCUUCAGUAUGAGUUACAGCUGGAUAACAAGCCAUUGGUUUUACACCUUGAGAAGACUGAAGACCUUUUUUUCAGAGAUUACACUGAGACUCGAUAUCUUCAGGAUGGGACACCAACAACGAUCAGCCCUGUGAUCAAGGAUCACUGCUAUUACCAGGGGCGAGUAAUGAAUGAUCCAGAUUCACUGGUCAGCCUGAGCACAUGUAAUGGAUUAAGGGGGAUUAUCACAACAAAAGGCCGCCAUUUUCUGAUUGAGCCCCUCAGUGCAUCAGACAGCGAGGAACAUGCUUUGUACCCCUAUGAGCCCCAGGAGGUAUCUCCCACAAGCUGUGGUGUGACCUAUAACAAUGGAGGGGAAGAUGAAUUCAGAAAGAUGUCAAGUUCCUUUGCCAAUCAGGAAGAUAAAAUACUGAGAUCAAAGAAAUAUGUCCAGCUCUAUGUCGUGGCAGAUAACUCCAUGUACCUAAAAUACAACGGCAGUAAAGAAACCAUCAAACAGAGAAUCUAUGAGAUGGUUAAUUAUGUCAACAUGGUGUACAAACCCUUAAAUGUUUUUGCGGCUUUGUGUGGAAUAGAAAUCUGGGACCAAGGUGAUCAGAUAGCAAUGCUUACCAAUUCUAAGGUCAACCUCGCUCGAUUUUCUGCAUGGAGAGAGAAAGUUCUUCUGCCCAGGAAGCAGAAUGACCUUGCCCAGUUAAUCACGAAUAUUAACUUUGAUGGUCCUGUUGUUGGAAUUGCAUAUAUUGGCAUGAUAUGUUCUACUACCCAGUCAGCUGGUGUUCUCCAGGAUCACAACAAACUGAGUAUCAUUCUUGGAGCAACAUCUGCCCAUGAGAUGGGACAUAGCCUUGGAAUGUACCAUGAUGGCAAAGCUUGUGCCUGCAAUAAAGUCUACUGCCUUAUGUCUACAAAACUCAGUUCCUGGGUCCCCAACACAUUCAGUACUUGCAGUAUAAACAACUUCCAGGAGUUCCUGUUGAAUACGAGGCCCACGUGUUUGGGAGACAUUCCAGAUAAAACCAACAUUCUGACACCCCCCGUGUGUGGAAAUAAAUUCACUGAGAUGGGAGAGGACUGUGACUGCGGCACAGUGCAGGAAUGCAAGGAUCAGUGUUGUGAUGCUGCCACCUGCAAACUCAAGCCAGGAGCUCAGUGUGCAGAGGGAGAAUGCUGUAGCAACUGUAAGAUUAAGGCAGCCGGAGAAGUGUGCAGAGAGCGCAAUGAUGACUGUGAUUUGGAGGAUGUAUGUGAUGGAACAUCACCUUGGUGCCCAUCUGAUCGUUUCCAAGCUAAUGGCGCCCCUUGUGGGAAAGGAGAGGGGUACUGUUAUAAUGGGACUUGUCCCACCAUGCAGCGCCAAUGCACUUCACUCUGGGGGGAAAACACAUUGGUCGGUGAAGAUCUCUGCUUCAAUAAAAACAUGGAAGGUACUGAUUAUGGACACUGUAAAAACGUUGGAAGCACCUACAUACCCUGUAAGCCUGAGAAUGUGAUGUGCGGAGUGCUGUAUUGCAACAGUGAUAAUAAAUAUCCGACAGUUCCUGGGCGCGUUGCUGUGACGGGCGAGUGCAAAGCCCUCCUAGCUCCUGAAGGAAUGGUGCAGAAUGGAAUCAAAUGUGGAGACGGGAAGGUUUGUUACAACAAUGAAUGUGUUUCUGUUGAAACUGCCUUUGGCUUAUCUGGGUGUGAGGGCAAGUGCUCAGGGAAUGGGGUAACACAUGGAGAAAUAAUGCAGGAGUUCCUACUGAAUACACAGCCCUCAAGUUUAGGAGAUGUUCCAGAUAAAACCAACUUCCUGAGACCCAACGUGUGUGGAAAUAAACUGACUGAGGUGGGAGAGGAAUGUGACUGCGGCACAGUGCAGGAAUGCAAGGAUCAGUGUUGUGAUGCUGCCACCUGCAAACUCAAGCCAGGAGCUCAGUGUGCAGAGGGAGAAUGCUGUAGCAACUGUAAGAUUAAGGCAGCCGGAGAAGUGUGCAGAGAGCGCAAUGAUGAUGACUGUGAUUUGGAGGAUGUGUGUGAUGGAAAAUCACCUUGGUGCCCAUCUGAUCGUUUCCAAGCUAAUGGCGCCCCUUGUGGGAAAGGAGAGGGGUACUGUUAUAAUGGGACUUGUCCCACCAUGCAGCACCAAUGCACUUCACUCUGGGGGGACAGUAAGUUCUUAUUGUACAACCUUAGAACUUAG